AUGUCCUUUGAUUGCACUGGGUACUUUAACGGGAAACUCCCGCAUGAGUCGCUUCUCUUCGUAGAUGGCCAGGCGCCCUCGUGGGAGAUGCCAUGCAGGUUUCUUGCCGGCCUGUUUCAGGACCCGGGAGGAUAUGGAAUUCCCGAGCAAUAUCAUAAUGACUUGAAGAGAAUCCAAGCAAAUUUCUUUCCCUCUAUGACUAUGAGAACCGUGGAUAUGCUCGUGGAUGGUUGGGUCGCGUCGAAGAACCGCCAGGAAAGAAGGGCAAUAUCGGAGUUUGUCCCAUUCCAAGCACUUCCUCAUUUCAAAAAGAUCAAAAUGGGAGCAGGGUCUGGGGAGAUUACUGCAAUUUAUUACCUCGAGGUCCAAUUCCAUAACACUGAUACCAAACUGUUUACCGCCAUGGACGCUAUUGCGUAUAUAUUUUCCAUCGCCGACCCUCCGGAAGGCGUUGCACUCACACCAGAGUUGUUUUUCCUGCCUCUACUAGGCAAAUUCGCGCAAUUUCUCUACUUCCUGCACCCCAACCAAAACGCGUGCCCGAAGGUGAUGUGCAUUGUCACGCUGAAAAGCGGGGACAAGAUUCAAUGGCUCCUAGGAGCUAGCCUCGGCAGGUUCAAACCCGAUGAUAGAUACUGGGAUCCAGGAUUAAAAUCCAAACUUGCCGGAGCUCGGUGGAUAGAAAUGUCAAAGCUUCUAGGGUUAGAUACGAAGAUGGUGGCACCCCUCACGAAAUCUCUGGGCGGGCAGAAUUGGGGAAAUUGUGCGGAGAGCUUGCCCUUUGCUAGUCUUUUGAGGGAACUUGAUUCCAAGUCGGAAACGGUGUGGGGCACGGCAGUAAAGUGGGAGGGUAACCGGCCGGUCCAGUGGAAACGAUCAAUCACGCUUGAGAAGGUGGAAGAGGUUAUGGUACCUCCGUGUCGCAAUUGUCAGAAGCUGCUGAAGCUAAUGAAUGUGGAGGAUUACGAGAAAGUAGUGUAG